AUGGAAGAGCUCCGUCGUAACAACAGUGAUCUUGCGAUAGUACCACGUGUUCUAUUUGACGACUGGUCCGAUGAAGAUAUUGUUACAUUCCUUCAAAAUGAGCGCUGGAUGAAUCGCUGUCUCGGAGAUCUGAUGAAUCUGCUCACGCGAACUCAAUUUGAUGGCGCAGUAGUUGAAUUGUGGGCAAGCGCCAUGAUCCAGUCAAGAGGUGGUGCGAGCGACUUACUUGUCGAAAUGCUGUCCUCAUGGGGAAAAUCUUUUCACGAAAAACAGCUUCAAUUAAUCACUCCUGUUGGACCACCUCUGGGUCCUACGAACAAAUUGAGCGGAAUGUUCACUCCAGCCCAUUUGUACGCAUUAGUUGAGAAUGUAGACUAUAUACAG